AUGGACAGCAAGCACGCAGUCUACCGUCACUUCAAGGUGCCGGCCAAUAGCGUUGGCGAGAACGGCACCAAGGUGUGUGCCUACUGCAACUUCACGUUUGUUGGCGGGGUUCACCGUUGCGCGCAGCAUAUCACCGGCUGGAACGGCAUGCGCCGUCGCGAAGUGCAUCUCUGCACUGCAGCGCCGAAGACUGCACGUGACGCCGUGAAGGUGCUUUACGAGUCCAAGUUGAAGGCCCGUGAAGCGAAGCGUGCGGCUGAAAUUGCGGCGGUCGGCGCAGUCAACGGCAGAGGUUCGGAGAAGAAGAAGAGUUGGAUGACCGAUUUCUACGGCGAAGACGCCGCGUGCGCGAACCAAGCUGCGGACGAGGCCAUAAGCCUCUUCUUUGCCGAUCUUCAUGUGCCGGAGCAUCACGCGGACCACCCACUAUGGCACAAUGUGGUCUCCACCAUCCAGCGCGCGGGGCUGAAUUACGUCGCGCCGAAGAGACGCUACAUCGGUGGCGCCGGUCUUGCAAAGUGUCGCCAGCGCAUUGAGGCGGCGCUCGCUCCUAUCUCAGCAAGCUGGCGCCGUGACGGUGUCACCGUGGCAAGCGACAUGUUCUCCGACAAGGCCGGCCGCCCGCAAGCCAACGUGCUCCUCAUCAACGAUAGCGGUGCGGUGUUUGUGGAGUCGAUCGACACGAAGAUGGAGAUGAAGACCGGGGGCUACAUCGCGGGCAUCUUGCGGCCCAUCAUCGAAAAGGUCGGCCCCGAGAAUGUCGUCGCCUUGUGUUUUGACGGCGGCUCCAACUACGCGGCGGCAUGCAGGGUGUUGAUGCGCGAGUAUCCCCACAUUGAACACAUCCCUUGCGCGACCCAUGUCCUUGAUCUCCUUAUGGAGGACAUCGGGAAAAAGGGAUGGGCGAAGGACAUCAUCACGCGCGGGGACACCCUCAUCUCGUUCGUCCGCAACCAUCACUUCACCCGGGGAUACAUGCGGAGUCCGCUCGUGAACGGCGGCAAGGGGAAACAGGUUCUCAAGCCCGCGGGAACCCGAUUCGGCACCAACUACAUCGCCAUCAACCGCCUCUGUGAAGCUGGGGCAGACACAUUCAAAGACAACAUCCUCGAUGCCGCGUGGUGGACGCGCGCCGAGUUCUUCGCUAAGCUGAUGAGGCUGCCAUUCGUCGUCAUGCGCAAGACUGACUCGGAUUCGAAGGGCAUGAUGGGUCGUCUCUACGACCUCAUGCUCCAGCUCACCGAGGACAUCCGCGACUUCCUCGACGAGCAUGCGGAAGGGGUCCUGACAAGCGACGAGGUGGGGGAUAUUCGGGAGAUCGUGCAGGACCGCUGGGACAACGGGCUGGCGUGCAACCUGCACGUGAUUGGCCGCAUCCUCUACCCCACCAACCAGGAAGAGUGCAUUUUCCGCACCGACCUGGAGCGCACGAGGGUCUUCAAGCAGUACGUCUCCAAGCACCAUGGUGACAAGGCGGUCACCAGGAAGGACGGGGUCGAGCGCCGCGCCUCUCUCGUCAUCCAGGAAGGCCACAAUGCCUUCCUGAACCUCCAAGGCAGCUUCGGCAUGCCCGACGCUAUUGCCGACCGCCAGGCAGUGAAGGAGGGCAAGAUGACGGCGGUGGACUGGUGGACAUGGCACGGGACCGAUCAUCCUGAGCUCACCACCAUGGCUUGCCGCGCCAUCACGCAGCCGGUGUCCGCGUCUCCAUGUGAGCGUAACUGGGCGAAGUUUGAUGCAGUGCAUACGGCAAGGAGGAACCGCCUCGGCGCGGUGAAGCUUCGUGACCUGGUGUAUGUGACGCACAAUUGGCAGGUGGUGCACAGCUGGCACAAGGCCCCUGAAGGGCUGGGGGUGGUGAAGGGAAACAUCGAGGACCCCCCCCACUCCGGCUGGCUACAACGUCCCGGAGGAGGUGGAGGAACCUGA